GAUGGCCAGGUCAUGCGGUUUUGUGUUUCUGUUUAGGCCUCAUGCAAUUUUUGACACUGACAGCGCUCGUAUUGGACCACACCAGUCACCACUCCUACUAGCCAAAGUGAAUGCGACGAGAUAAUGUUGAGCCACUGGCUGUAAGCGGCCGGUGACUUGUGUGUACUGGAAGUGGACUUGGGGGAAGCUGAUACCGUAUUCGGUUUCCCCCCGGUUCGAGGAAAUGGAGAUUACGGCUGAAGCCGAAGAACGCAGGUGGACUCCAAUCAAGUUGUAGAAACAUCUCAAGGAUGAUCAAUGGAAACAGGAUUCACCUGAUCUCAAUUUCUAGUCUCAUAGCAAAGGGUCUGAAUACUUAUCUAAAUAAGGAGGGAACACUGGAAGCUGCUCUCCAGUCUAAAGACCACGGUGGAGGGCCUGGUGUCCACCAACAACCCUAAUGUGUGGUCUCGCUACGGGGGUCUACAGCGGCUGCACAAGGACAUGAACCACAUCCUCAGCCACGGCCUCAAGCACGAGCAGGUGUACUACAAGCAGAAAGACUACUGGCCCUUUGUGUGUUGUGUCCGCCACAUCAGCCCUCACCUGGCCUCACAUGUAGAACAGUUCAGUAAGCUGGAGCCCGUGCUAAACUGGGGUGUACAGAGUGUUGGGGAAGGCUACAAGGCCGAGCGCUGGCUAUUGCACAGCCUUCAGGUCCAUCUGCUCUCCGCCCAGCUCAGACCCCUGCUCAAACACCAGGAACACACCCGCAAGUACUACAACGAGGAUGCUUUUCUCCUAAAAGAGCCCCAUGUGACAGCCAUGUUUCAGUAUCUGGAGGCCGUGGAGCAGAACAACCCCCGUUUGCUGGCACUCGUUGACACUGUCAAGCUGUCCACUCUGAAGGGCCCUCCGUGUGUGGGAGGCCUGUUGAAGAGCCAGAGUCUGUGUGAGCUGCCUGGGGCCGGGGGAGGCUGGAGGGCCGGGCUGGGCAAGAGCCAGGGGCCCCCCAGGGAAGAGCUCAACCGCAGGCUCACCACCUCCCAGUGCUCCCUCUCCCACCGAGACAGAGGACACACACUGAACAGCAUAAACACAGGGGUCAUCUCAGAGAGGAACUCAGACUCCAUUCCAUCAGCCAGCGCCCCGGGGGCCCCUUGGGGGUGUGUGACAAGGUCCGGGGGGGAGGGCGAGAGGGGUGUGACUCUUCCCCGCCCCUCGGCAGCUGUCCCCCACAUCGCCCUGACCGAGCCCACCUCCCCAGGCCCUGCCCACUUAGGCACCCUAGACUCUGGCGAGGGCGACGACGGCCCAGAAUACCUGGCCAUAGGUAACCUGGUGCAACGCUGCAAUCGCCGUGACUCCCAGAGCUUCACCCCCAUCAGCGAGCUCAACAGCAAGCCCGGCGGGGGUGGCGCAUCAGGUGGCGAGGUUCGGGUCCAGCCCCCUAGGCGGAGCUCCCUGACUGUGGUCCCGCCUCCCGCGCAGAGGAGGUCAUCCUUCUCGGAGGGACAGAGGGGGCAGGGUCGCGGGGGCAGCAGGGGGCACAUCCGCUCGAUGUCUGACAUGGGGAUCAACCACAAACAUAGACAUGAAUCGUUGGUUGGAGUGGACUGCUGUGUCAAGGCCUACAGCCCCUUCUCCCCUGUCAUCAGUGAUGUCAGCACACCCAGCUCCCUCUAUAUGGAGUCAAAUGGCUCCCAGUACAGCAGUGUUCCAGACGGCAUGUUCCGGAAGCCUUCAGAGGGCCAGAGCCUCAUCAGCUACCUAUCGGAGCAGGACUUUGGCAGCUGUGCUGACCUGGAGAAGGAGAAUGCCCACUUCAGCAUCUCUGAGUCUCUGAUUGCCGCCAUUGAGCUGAUGAAGUGCAACCUGCGGAGGCGGCGGGAGGAGGAGGAGGAUGGCGACGACAGCGACUCAGAGAUCCAGCAGUUAAAACAGAAGAUCCGCCUGCGCAGGCUGCAGAUCCGACGCACCUGCCUGCCGCCCUCACGGCACUUGUUCCACUCCACAGACAGCGGAGGCUCCUGCAGAAGCUCCCAGGAUUCCUUUCACAUGUCCGACUCAGGCUCUGCCGAGGAGGUGGAGGAGUGUGAGCUGAGAGAUGGCUGUGAGGGCCAGUCCCUGAUGGCGGUGUCAAGAAGAGGCCUCUCCCUGUCGCUCGCCUCCCUCUUCUCAGAUGCAGACAUAAAGCGCAGUGUGACGUCCAGUGGCCGCUCGUUCCUCACCUCAGAGUCUAUCUCUCCGUCGUUCCUCCAGUCUAACUCGGCUGAGGCGGUGGCCAUGGGGCUGCUCAGGCAGUUUGAGGGCAUGCAGCUCCCCGCAGCCUCGGAGCUCGACUGGCUGGUCCCAGAGCAAGACGCACCUCAGAAGCUCCUGCCCAUCCCUGACUCCCUGCCCAUCUCUCCUGAUGACGGGGAGCAUGCUGACAUCUACAAGCUGAGGAUCCGGGUGCGAGGGAACCUAGAGUGGGCCCCGCCCCGCCCCCAGAUAAUCUUCAACAUCCACCCCACGCCCAAGAGGAAAAUAGUUGUGUCGAAGCAGAACUACCGCUGUGCAGGCUGCGGGACUCGCAUAGACCCAGACUACAUUAAGCGACUGCGCUACUGCGAGUACCUGGGCCGCUACUUCUGCCAGUGUUGCCACGAGAACGCCCAGGCGGUGGUGCCGGGCCACGUGUUGAGGAAGUGGGACUUCAGCAAGUACUACAUCAGCAACUUCGCCCGGGACCUGCUGGGCAAGAUCGCCGGAGACCCCCUGUUCAACCCCAACGACAUCAACAGUGGCCUCUACAAGAAGAACAAAGCCCUGGAGACUGUCCGGGUUUUGAGGGUCCAACUAUUCCACAUGAAAAACCUAUUCAAGACAUGCCGCCUAGCUAAAGACGUGCUGGACCAUUUUGACAGCCUCCCAGGUCACCUGACUGAGGACCUGCACCUGUUCUCCCUCAACGACCUCAGUGCUGUGCGCAACGGAGUGCUGCCCACCCGGCUUCGAGAGCUGCUGAAAUUGGGUUCCGCGCACGUGGCUGGCUGUGUGCUCUGUCAGGCCAAGGGUUUUGUGUGUGAGUUCUGCAGCAACGACAAAGACAUCAUCUUCCCAUUCGAUCUGAACAAGUGCACACGCUGCGAAGAGUGCAAGGCGUGUUUCCACAGCAAAUGUUUCCGGGCAGGCAAGGAGUGCCCGCGAUGCCAGCGCCUGGCAGAGAGGCGGGAAAGGAUGGCACGCAAGAACAUGGAGGAGCAGGAGGAUAAGGAAGAGGAUGAGGGAGGCGGGAGCUAGGAUGACGAACUGGACUGGAGAAAGUUUUUUUUUUUUUAAAGAGAACAAUGAUUUUUACUGACUGACAGGGACCCAUAUUCUUUCAACUUAUCCCUCCAUCCCUCUCUUUUCCUUGAAAUUGCAGCUUCUGGCUACUGGACGAGCUCUGAUUUGGUUUUUCGUUUGCUUUAGUUGAAAGAUUCAAUUUUUUCCCCUUCACCCAAAGUGACAGGAUUCUUGCUUUUUGAAUGCAUUGUCAAUAUUCGAAAUAUUAUAUUCAUAUAUUGGCUUGAUUUUUAUGGUUUGCUGCUCUGAUUCCAAGUGCAGAUAUCAUAAUAAAAUAGAGUCCUGCCAUGUACAGUAUGUAUAGAAGUGGUAAUUUUAAAUAGAACAAGGUAGGUAGAAGUACUGAAAUGUAAGUAUUUAUUACUCCACCUCCAUGUUAUGCUAUUUUAGCCAACCCUAUGUGCCUCUGUCACCAAUGUUCUUAUACUGGCAGAGAUAGCGCCCCAUUUGGUUGUUUAAGAGGAGUUGGAAUGACAGGUCUUUGGAGGGGGUCUCUCAAUCAGUAUUGCACAGAGUUGCAAAUAUUUUAAGAUAAUGCAGUGGAGACAGCAUGUUUGUGCUGCUUUGUGUGCAUGUGUAAAAGGUGAUAUAUGCAUCUACUAAAAAGGUGUGUGUGUGUGUGUGAGUGAGAGGUUGUCUCUGUACCUACUGUACAUGCAUCUGUGCAGAAAUGUUUUGCACCAGCCUGAUCAGGCAAUUAAAUAUAUCAUUUUUUGUCUUUGUAAAA